AUGCAUUCGAGCCUCUACCUUGACUUCCACCAUACUUUCGUCCUCCUCCGCACAUUCAGCAACACCAAUGGCCCAUAUUUCAUGCUCGGCGAGGACAGUAACAAGAUCGGGUUGCCUCUGUCCACCGGCGCUCACCACAAGCCCAUUAUCUUGAGCACCGACGUCAAUUUCUUGGGAUCAGGUGGUCGUUGGGCCUUCGCUAGUGUGGUGCGGACUGAACAUGCUCGGAUUGCAUAA